GACCAACAUGGCCGCGGUCCGGAGGGGAGCCGCCUACUUCCUCAGGAGUUCUGCUCGGGUCCUGUUCAACUGUAAAAAUACUGCAGUGCAUAAACCGAGGAAAUGGACAAAUGUUCUGUACACAAGUUUGGCGUCUUUCGCCGUCGGCGGAGGGCUGUGCGCUGUACCUUUCAAACAGGUUGAACAGCUCUCUCAUGACUCUCUGAUCAGACGAGCAGCGUCUCUGGUUACCGACAGUUCAACCACUUUUCUCUCACAAGCCACCUUAGCUCUCAUAGACGCCAUCACUGAGUAUUCAAAAGCUGUGCACAUACUCAAUGCUCUGCAAAGAAAAUACCUAACAUCACUGGGAAAACUGACUAAAGACGAGGAGGAUUCAAUCUGGCAGGUGAUCAUUGGCCAGCGGGCAGAGGUUAAUGACAGACAGGAUGAAUGCAAGCGUUUCGAGUCAACUUGGAUCAGCGCGGUCAAGAUGUGUGAGACAGCCGCGGAGGCAGCAUACACAUCAGGGGCCGACCAUGCGUCCAUCACGAUGAAUUCAAACCUUGAGGUGUCCGUGUCGCAGGUGGAGAAGGCGCAGAAGCUGUCCGCGGACGCAGACAAGAAGUUGGCCGAGACCAAAUUAAUGGAGGUUCAAAUGAUGACUCAGCAGCCUGCUAAUAAUGAUGAGGAGGAGAUGCCUGAAGCUUAUCUGAGAGAAGACUAAAACAAACACACAGCUGUAUCAGAAAACAGAGAGUAAGACUAACAUGUUAUCAUUCUAAUGCUGUCUUCUCCCAUUUUGGGUCUAUAUUUCUGAUUUAAAAUGUCUCAUUGGUCAUACAAUGAGCCUUAAGUGACUCUGAAU